GCUCGACGGAAAAGCUCAGGUUUGGGGGAGUGAAAUGGGAAAGUCUCAAAUGCAACUUAUGGUGAUAUUGACUCGGAUAUGAGCAAACAAAACAACCAAACUGAACCGAGCAGCACGCAAUGAAAACGGAGCCGUGUCGCCUACACCCAGCCGGAUCUGAUCUGCUGACGUGUCGCCUGCCAGUGCUCCUGCUCACCAGUAAACCUGCCAGCAUGGCAGCCAAACACUUUUAUCGAAAAGGCUUUUUAUUACUUUUAUUUAAUUUUAUCUCAACCGCCGCCUUGGAGAAGCGAUUCUCCGACUUUAAGAGAUGCGCCGACGAGGAGUGCAGCAUGCUCCUGUGUCGUGGGAAAGCAGUGGAAGAUUUCUCAGGACCAGACUGUCGAUUCUUGUCGUUCAAAAAAUCAGAAACUGUCUAUGUAUACUACAAAUUGUCAGGAAGAAGGGCUGACAUGUGGGCUGGGAGUGUUGGAAGUCACUUUGGUUAUUUCCCAAUGGACCUCCUGGCUGUCAACCAUGUUUAUAAAGAUAAAGAAGUUGAAGUUCCAACAGAGGAAACCGAUUUUGUCUGUUUUGACACAGGACUUGACCAAUUUGACAACUAUGAGAUAGAUUCAUUGUUGAGUUUUUCAACUGAGGAGAUUAAUGAUGAAAAUAAAAGGAAUUCAGACCAACCCGAAGUGCCAGAGGACACCGUGAAAGACACAAGCCCGCCAGAGGAGACGAUGGUGACUGGUGAUGAAAUAGGAGCUGAGGAUAUUGGCAUGGCCCCAGAUGAUCAAAGUGCCUCUUUUCUUCAACUUGAUUUGGAAAAUGAAUCUCAAGAAGUGCCUGACACAGAAGUUACACAUGAUGGCACUGAUAAUGCUGCUGAAGACAAAAUGAAUGAGCAAAUAACCACCGUAGACUCUUUUCUUGAAGAUGUGAAGUCUGAGAAGCGUAAAACCCACGAUGUUCACAAAGAACUUGAGGAAGAAUCACUACCCAAAGAUGAUCUUGUGUCAGAGCACAUUACAGUCUUAACUUCUGAAGGAGAGAAAAUCUCUAAAUUAAAAACUACCUUCGGAUCAACUUUUGAUGCUGUUACCACAAAUGCUGAAGCUACCACUAAAGUCACUCCAUAUGAACACGAAGAGAAUGAAGUAUUUGAAGGUCAUUCAGAACAACACAGUGAUGCUGACGAGAGAUUGUUUUCAGAGGAAGAAGCUGACACUUCUACGGUUGGACAAAAGGACAACUCAAAACCUGAUGAUGAGAAGGUCGUAUCAAUGCCAAUUGAUGACAGUUUUUCUGAUGUGAGCGAUACACAGUGGACUGAGCAAGAUAUAGGUUCAGAAGAUUGGGAGGAAGAGCAAGGUUUAGAAAUACCUCUGAGAUAUGAAGAACCACAAGAAGACAUAGCACCAGAGAAUGUCGAUCCAGUCCUUGGUGAUUCACCAGAUUCAGAAUUUGUACAACCUAAAGAAAAUGUGCACACAGAGAACAUAGAUCCAUUCCAUACAUGGUCACUAGAUUCUCUUUCUGAACAUCCUAGAGAUCCCACAGUGCUAGAGAACCUAGAUCGAAUUCCUACAGAUUCACCAGAUUCUCUUUAUGUAGAUCCUAGAGAAACAGUGGUUGAGGAACUCUUGUUUGAUCUUGAGGAUGAUGGCGGUGGCCUAAGAAUUAAGCAUGAGGACACUCAAGGUGAAACACCACAACCUACUGAUGAGCCAGUACAUCAAGGGGAGAGUACAGUUCACAGUACAUUUGAUCCUCUAUUGCACGAGGUACCUCAGGCUCAAUUGCACAAGAAAUUAACAGACAGACACAGUGUGAACAAGGAGGUGACCAAAGAAGUCAGGGUCGCUAAAGAAGAUAGACAUGACAGCAGCGUUGUAAUGGAGGAUAAGGACGACUUGAAAGAAGCUUUAGGUGCAAAUAAAACUGAAAUACAUGAAGAAUUCAUCGCUCCUGAAACGAACCGUGAUGUUCCUUCAAAGGAGACACCAUCCCUUGAAUCAUUUAGCAAGCCUGAUGAUAAGGCAGCAGGAGAUGGCGUCCUACUCCAUGAGCAUUUACGCACAGAUUUUGAAAGCGAUCAUCAACAGGUUGAGCCACAUAUUGAUGAGGAAUCACUCAAUGUGAAUACAGAAAACACAGAGAUGGGUAAAGAGAGAUAUGAGGUAAGAGAAGACCUACUUGAAGAUGAAAAUGCACUUUCUUUCUCGCAGUCAUAUGUUGUUGACACUGUCAACUCCGUGUCACCUACAAGUCCAUAUGUUACCUCAAUUCCUGAGCAGGUCUACAGCGAUAGUGUGCUGAGGCUGACUCUGCUGCAGGGUUAUUACACUGAAGAGAAGAUGCUGCGUUUGCAGAGGUUUCUGGGUCUCAAGAAUCUCUACAAAGUGGAGUCUAUGUUCUCAGACAUGGACACUGAGUUACAGGCUACCCGUCGCACACAUUCAGGGACAGUGGAAGACCUCGAAGAUGCGCUCGAGAACAUCUUGGAAACCUCGGAAAACACCAUCUUGGAUGAAGUUGAAAAGAUGCUGGAUACCCGGCACUCAAAGUAUGACGAUGAGCAGCGAAGGGAUAUGAUAGAUGACGAAACGGAAAUACUGGACGACUUCCAAGAGCUGGCAUUUAGUCUAAGGCAGAAGUAUUCUGCAAUAAGGGAUAGCACACCUUUGGCAGAAGAGAAAACAGAAGUUAAUAAUGACCAGGACAUUGCAGACCAACCUGACGUGAGUGUCAAAGAUAAUUUGCCUCACAUUGUCGAAGUGGAGAAGAAACCUGACGUUUUGCCUCACAUUGUCGAAGUGGAGAAUAAUGCUGACUUGCCAGAGAUGAGUGAUGACAACCAUACAGUAACAGAACUUAAAAAACAGGUUGCAGAGAUUGAAAAAGAAGUGCAGAUCUUGGAUGAAGGGCUUACUAGACCAGAUGUGGAGGAAGAUGGUGGACGCUUCAAUAAAAACAAAGAAAACCAGCCGAGUUUCAGCACGUCAGACGAGUUGCAAAGGUUUCCUCUAGCCACUGUGGAAAGUCCCUUCGAGAAGGGCCUUGGCGAUGUGGACCACUCAUUUUCAGGGUCUUUGGACUCCAUGGAGCCGCCGUCUGAAUUUCAUGAGGAAGACGUGGGAUUCCUCACAGAUGUGUUCACUUUUAUGGGUUGUGCUGCUGCAAUGAUCAAGGCUAGAGUUGCAGAGUGGACCAUUCUUAUGAUUUCACUCCUCCCAGAAGAGUGGAAGCCUGGGGAAACCUUGUUUGGCUGUCCAUGGCAGGCUGUCAUCGUCACUGCUGUGGUUGGCGUACUGACCUUCACCAUCUUCUUCUGGAAAACUGUGCUAGCGGUAAAGAGGAAGAAAUAUCUUGUGGAUGAAAAACAGCUGGCCGAUCAAAUCCAAGCACUUAAACAAGAGAAAAAUGAUGCAUUGACCCGAAUGUCUGAACUCCAGAAACAGACUGAAGACCUGAAAGAAACCCAAAAGGAGUCUGCAAAGACUGUUUGUGGUGAAAUGAAAAAGACACAAAAAUUGGAGAUUCAGGUUUUGGAGGCUGAAAAAAGGUAUGAAAGUAUGAUGGAAGAAAAGAAGACAUACCAAAAAUUACUUGAUGAAGAAAAAGAAAACUCAGUACAAAUUGGAAAUCGGAUUAAAAAAUUGGAGAAGUCAAACGAGAAGCUUGAGCUGAGCAGAAAGAAAGUUCAGGAAGCUUUAGCUAAGACGACUGUCCUCUUGGAUGAGGCCAAGAUCCGAGAAGAUGCACGCAGUGUUCAGCACAAGUGUCUUGCAAAGGAGUAUACAGGGCUGAAAGAAGAAAAUAAAAAUCUUAAAGUAACCAUUAAAGAGUGGGAGGACAAACACACGGCACUGAGUGAGCAGAUUAAAGUCUACCAGAAGGCUCAGAAAGACCUGGAGGACUCUGUGGUGCUCAAAGAUCACAAUGUGGAGGUUUUGUCGGAGCUCCUGGCAGACCUUGACGCCUGUGAGUUGCAAAAAAGCGACGGCAAAGUAUUGGUGAAUGGCGAAGUCGUACCUGAUAAGAAGACUGCAGUAAAGAACAGAAUCAAACAGAUGAUGGAUGUCUCCAGGGUCCAGACUACACUCGCAGUGAUUGAAGAGGAGCGGGACCGCUUCAUGUCCAAACUGCUUAAUGAGGAAAAGAGUAGAAAGGCUCUGGAAGAAAAACACCAGGAGCUGGAACAUGACAUCGCAACCCUCAAAAGUGAGAAGAGCCAUGUGGAAAACCAGCUCAAUAUACUACAGCAGAAGAAUGAAAUCAUGGUGGAAAUGCACCAGCAAAAGGAAAAUGCUCUGCAGCAGAGGCUCACCAAGGAAGAGCUUGAGCGUCGCAGCAAAGAGAGCAUGUUGUCCGAGGUGGGAGGCAAAGCCGUGGAGGCAGAGGAGCAGGUCAAAGUUCUGCGUCAUCGCAUUAAUGAGAUGGAGGAGCAGAUGAAGAAGACUGAGGAAGUCUAUAAAGAUCAGAUCAAAGAACAGGAAAACAAGACUCACUCCAACUGGGUGAACGCUCGUAACGCAGAGCGGGCUUUGAAUCAAGAGAAACUUGAAUCAUCAAAGCUGCGUGAGAAAUUGGUUGGACUGACCUUGCAGCUGAAUGAGCGCCGCGCUCCUCUCUUCAGACCCAACUCAGGACAAGCUGCUGGCCCUCGCCAAGGCGAUUCAUACGGGCCCUCCCCAGUGAGUGGGGGGGCGCCCUCCCCGCCGUUAAUGAUUGAGGGUCCCAGGCGCCCUCCCUCCGCCCCAGUGGGGCGAAGAAUUGACCCGUAUGGUCCACGCCCUCCAUCGGACCCACAUAGUCGUUAUCCUGGGAUGGACAUGUCGGGCCCCCGUAGUUCAUCACCUUCCAACAUGGAUGCUUCUAACCAAGCAGUAGAUCCACACAUAAAAAGUGAGGCUGAGGCCUCCAAAGAGGCUGCUGAGUCAGGUCCUGGAUCUUUCCUAGCAUCACCCAUCAGGGACUCGCCCGGCCCCAUGAGUCAAGGACCGCCACCACCUGGUCCUGGACUCCAUGAGCCACUCUUCCCGACUGGACCCCAUGGCCGCUUUCCCCCCGGUGGUCCCUACAGACCUCUGAGACCGCCCCUCUACCAUCCAGCACCAGGUCCCCACGGUCAUCCUCCGAAUGUGCCUCUCCCUCCUCCUGGACCUCCUCUGCCCGCCAACGGGCACCCGGGUAUGCCUCUGCCUGGGACGAUGGGAGGGGACUUUGGGCCCCGUCCUGCCAACGGACACUCAUUCCACCCCAGGCCCGGUCCAGGAAAUAUCAUAGAUCCUCGGGGUCCUCCGCCGCCAACGUUCCGUCCGCCUCCGCCCCAUCAUUUUGGGCCGAUGCCACAUGGUCCCCGUGGACUUAUGGGACCUCGCCCACCAUUCCCUCCUGACAUGCGCUUCCCAGGACCGCGCGAGCACAGCGGCCCUUCCGCGGACCUGCCUCCGGGUGUCCCGCCACACCUUGGUCACAACGACGCCUUUGGUCAGCCUCUAGCUGGCGCCCGCCACAUCUCGGCAGGAGGCCCACCCCCAAAGCAGGAGGCCUCUGUGAGGCCAGCCAUGGUCGAGCCUUAAAAAAAUGAAUGAAAAGAAAAAUGCCACCACCUGUGGCAGUGGACUUGAACACUCCCCAAAAACAUGUCAUGUUAGCCAAUAUUAAGUCCAUAUAUACCAUAACCUUCAGAUUUCAGCCAUUAAAUAAAAACUGAAAUGUUAUUUAUAAAACAUGGUCCUUAAAUGAAAGCAUCAUCAAUGAUUGCAUGGAAAAUUCCAAGUACUCGAGCUGAAAGGGUUGCCACUUUUAUUUUUGAACAUCUUUUUGUGCAAUAAUUAAUUGUAUGUCAGAGGAUUUGCAUUUUUAAACUAUAUAUAGCAAUGGUUUUUAAAGAUUUUUCAAUGUAAUUUCCUGUGGAAAUUAUUUUUUAAAAGCGGGAAUAGAUAGGUUUAGCUUCUAGCAUUUCACGAUCAAAACGUUUUUUCCAAAAGUUUCCUCUGGAGCCGACUGUCAAGGAAAUGUGUAAUUUGAUGGCCAGAUGUAUAACUUAUUUUACUAUGUUGGUAGAAAUCUUUUUUUCAUAAUAAAGAAUGCAAAAACUGUU